AUGCUUCCCGAUUGUCCACCGUCAACUCCGUUUUCCGUUAGGCGGCACAGUGGGACAGCGUUUGGGAGAGUUUCACACCGCCGGAGUACUUGUUGGAGACGGAGGACGGUGGUGCAGUCGGAUCGAAGAAGGAGGAAUGAAGCUUCGAAAGUUGUGUGGAUCGGAUUUUUCUUUUCAUCUAUUUUUCAACAGAGUUUCUGGUUGGAUAAAGGGAGCGGGAAGAAAUGUUACAUGUUAGCAGCGAGACAGCUGUCAAUUGCUUCUUCCGAUUUUCCAAAUUGUUGGAUAUGGACACAAACACCAGAAUCAAGAUUCACAGAGGUAGCAGAACUUAUCAGUGUGAGUUUGCUAGAAAUCAUCGGCAAAAUCAAUACGUCAAUCUUCUCCCCUGAUACAACUUACGUUGCUCUUCUUGUGUUCAAAACAACAUCGAAAGCUUAUGGGUUUGAGUACCAACCGGUGAAGGUCUGUAUUGGUUUUCACGGCGACCGGAGUCAAACCCGGAUGGUGUAUCUCGACCCUGAAGCAGGGCGGAGACGAGGUCUCCGAUCAAGGAGAGGAAUUGGGAUGUUUAGUAAAGGAGGAUUUGCGAAUUGGGAUGUGGUGCCUCCGCCUUCUAAAGAGAAUGGUCUGAAACAAAGAGACGAUGGAUGGUUUGAGAUUGAGAUCGGAGAGUAUUUUAAUGGAGGUGGUGAUGCGGCGGAGGUGGAGGUCAACGGAGGGAAUUGGAAGACUGGUCUUGUUAUUCAAGGUAUCGAGUUUAGGCCUAAAAAAUUUUGUUAGUAAGAAUUAAGAAUGAAGAAAGUAGUUGGUGUG